CGCAGUACCAGAGUCAUACGCCCGCUUCCGAUGGUCGACAGCAACGUGAUGGCGACGUGGGCGUCACUGCAGGCGUCGUUGAAAGAAGCUAUUGAUGCGCCUGCCAACGUCGAGGCGCUGCGGGCGAUCGCGCUCGAGAUGGAAGUUCUCGUGCGCGACUUUGCUGCCAAGGACGCGGCGCUACAGCUCCAGGCGACGCGCGUCCAAGCCAAACUCGACGUGCUACAAGAGCUCAAGACCGAGGUGCUUGCGCUGCAGACGCAUCGCCUCAAGCACGACCAAGACGUCAAGCUCGUCACGCUCAACGUCGGCGGGAGGCUGUUUACGACCGCGCGCGAGACGCUGCUGCGCAUGCCUGGCAGCUACUUUGACGCAAUGCUCUCCUGUGACCACUGGCAGCCCAAUGAGAAAGGCGAGUAUUUUUUGGACUUGGAUCCAACCCUGUUUCCGCGGGUGAUGAAGCUACUGCGCACGGGUGCCCUCGACCAAGACGGACUCUCGACGAGGCAACUGGUCGAGCUACAAGAGAUGCUUGACUACCUUCAAAUCGACGUGCUGCCCGAGCCGUCGGCACCCGAAUUGGCGCCUCUCGCGUGGGACCCGGCUCAUUGCUCGAAGUCGAUCGAGCUCCUCGCCGUGCAAACGAACGCGCGGCAGACGACAUCCGGGUGGGGCAACGUCCUCGCCUCCGCCCCUGCGACAACGUUCGCAGUACACGUCGACCUUGGCAGUCGCGUCGAAGUCGGGUUUCUCUUUUUAGCUCGAGACGCCUUUGCGCCAACUCCCCACGCAACCAACAGCGCGUCGCGCGGCUGGUUCUUCAACUGCGAGACGCGGCAAGUGUACUCGCACCUCCAGCGACCGAAGAGUGCGGGCGUGAGUCCCAACACCCAAGGCACCGUGCUCCUUACCGUGACGUGGUUCCCAGACGAACACAGCAUUGGUUUUGCGAUCCACGGGUCGCUCUUGCCCACCAAGCUCCGCGGGGUUCCCGACGGCGUCGUCCUGUACCCCAUGGCGCGUCUCUGUACGCCCGGCGCCAACGUCGAACUCGUACCGUCCCUGCAGUAGAAUUGGGCGUCUUGAGACGAUGA